GGUUCCUUCCCUGGGGAGAGUACAGUGAGGGAGAAGGCUGGGUAGCAGUGAGAGGUGGAAGCUAGUGCUUAGCAAACUGUCGAAGAGCCCUAGCAGCCACCCAGCACCGCUGUGAUGGGAGCUGUCUGAGGGGACUUGUUACUGCAGCAGCUCACGGCGCUGUCUGUAUUCAAAAAGUUGACGAAUAAUUGGAGUGUGGGCAUAGGAGCAGGUGUGUUAUGUCCUAAACUAUGGCUCUUCAAGUUGUUCAGGGUUUUCUUUCACAAAUGUUAUGACAAGGUCAUGAUAGUCAUGUUCAGUUCACUACGUUUAAUUAAUUCUAUUUAGUUGGCUUUGUUUUAGUGAAAUGAUAAUGCAAGUUACCACACUGGGAUACAUAAAAACGGGCUUCCAAGAAAACUGCAGCACAGUUCAUUAGAAAUGAUAACAUCAUCUGAACCUGAAAAUAGAAAAUGAUCCCAAAUUCGAAUAGUAUUGCCUACAGCUCAUCAUGCUCGAAAAGCCUAGAAUAAGAAAAUGUAGUGAGGGCAAACCGAUGCUGAUAUUCUCUGGUACAAGCAUUAGAGACAGAAAAUUACAGCAGUGUGUGUAUGUGUAUAGCACGUCGACCUGGGUUGCUGGAGGAGAUUAUUCAUAACUUGGACUACUGUGAUAUCCUGGUCUUGGGGGAGGAGCUGAGGCCGGAGCAGGAAUCUCUCCAACUGCAGCGCAGCGCUCUACUUGGAAAACACCUGGACGCCACUAACUCUACCUCUGGCAUGUCAAUAUAUGGUGUGGACUCCAUGUCCAACUACGAACAAGUAAUCCGACAGGUGCGUUACUAUAACUGGCAGCCCGGACAGCUAACAGAGAGAAGGUUUCGCCUCACGUGCUCGGAGCUCAACGGACGCUACACCAGCAACGAGUUCAACCUAGAGGUGAGCGUGCUGCACAGUUCGGAAGCAGGGGAGCAUGUCAAUCACAUGAUAGCCCCGCCUCAGUACAUGCAGGUGGUCCACCAUCCAUCUAUGAUUCAUGACCUGUACCCCAGCCAUAGCUCAGCCAUGCCAAGUGCCGCCACCGUGGUAAUUGUGAUGUGUAUCGCUGCUCUGGUGGUGGUUGUGGUGCUGGGCAUCUAUCGCAUCCACUUGACCCACCAACAGGAGGUCAAGCUGGCAGAGACGGCGAAGGAGGCGGACAUGACCUGGGAUGACUCUGCUCUGACGAUCACGGUCAACCCAAUGGAGAACCUGGAGGAGCCCCAGGCUGCAGAGGAGGAGGCUAGUGAGGAUGAGGAGGAGGAAGACGAAGAAGAAGAUGAGGAGGAGGAGGAAGAUGAAGAGGAGGAGGAUGACAUCACCAGUGCUGAGUCAGACGACAGUGAGGAGGAAGUGGACGUCCAGCUACCCAGGAUGCAUCGUCCGAGCAAGAGGGGCCAAAACUGGGACAAAACAACGAUAUCGUAUUGAGACACACAUUCACGCUCACUCACAUGCAUACACACUCUGCAACAUGUCCAUUGUGAAACCUCAAAUCAGAUGGUUGAUACAAAGAGACUUUAUAUGAUGUUGAUGCUCUAAAAAUGAGGUUAUAUCGCCCCCUACUGGAAGACACCACUGAAAUGCACACAGUGCAAUGAUUUAGCCUUAUCAGAAAAACUCCCAUUUUAUACAGCCGGUAAAAAUU